AUGGCAAAGCAAAAUACGAAUAUCGGUAGCGAAAUGAACGAGACAUUUGAAAAAAUGCAUUUACGACUUGAUCAACGUUUUCAACAACUAAAUCGACAAGUUAAUAUUCAUUCAACUUCACUGCUUCAUUCUCGUAAAAAUAGUGGAACUCCGCUUGUUUUUUCUCCAAUCCAUCAAAGACGACUCGAAGAAGCCAUCAAUAAUUUUGGACGUUUAACAAUAUCAACAUCUCUGAACAACAUUCAACGUUUGACUAAUUCGACGUCAAUGCUACAUGGCGUGUGCAGUACUUCAACAUUACAUCAGCAACCUAUGAGGAAAACAACAGUCAAAGCACCGACAAAAAUCGAAGACAACAACAAUAGCAAUAGUAACGAUAAUUAUCAAACUAUUGGAAAACGUGGACGACAAAAAGGACAAUUUAGUAAUCCCCAAGAUGUAUUAAUUACUACAAAUCCUGCUCGAACGAUUCUUGUAUCCGAUACAAUCAAUCAGAAUGUACAACUUUUUUCAUUAGAUACUGGUUUAUGUACGGGCUCAUUUUUAUCACCCGUGAAUUCGAAGCACAAUGCACUUCGUCGUCCUAUCGGCUUGUCGAAUUCAUUGAACAAUAGCUCAACAUGCUUCGUAGCUGAUUAUGAUCAACAUUUGAUUAGUAGUUGGACUAUAGACGAAAAUGGAAAUGGAAGAUUAUUAAAGAAAUUCGGUCAACAAUCGCUUAUAGGUCCCAAAGGACUCUGUAUAUCUAAUCAAUCACAAUCUAUUGUGGUAGCUGAUAAUAAAGCAAAUAGUAUAUGUCUAUUCAAUUCAUCUGGCGUACUUUCACAUCGUUUUGGAACACGUGGAUCUGAACUACAUGAACUUGCUGGUCCACAUUAUGUUAAAUUCGCUGAACAAGAUAAUGACCGAAAUAUAAUUGUAACAGAUUUCUAUAAUAAUUGUGUAAAAAUAUUUGAUAUUGAACGUCAUGGACAGUUCGUAACAAGUUUCGGUUCAGUAGGAACGAAAAAUGGUUUAUUUCAAGCUCCAACUGGUUUAGCUAUUGAUUAUGAACGAGGUUAUAUAUUUGUGUCGGAUUGGGGUAAUAAUCGUAUUCAAGUAUUCGAUCGUCAAGGUUCCUUUAUACGUAUUAUUGAACUGUCAACAGCCGAUUUGCUCUACGGACCGCAAGGACUUGAUUAUGAACCAAGUACGCGUACGCUAGCCAUUGCUAAUGCAGGCCAACAUUGCGCAAUUUUGGUUAAUAUUGUUUGA